AUGGGUGACGACAUUGAUGGAUGGGCAAACAUUCAUGAUGACAUCUUGAAGGAAAUUGUAGAGCACUUCUAUUCGUACGAUGAUUUCAUCCAACUUCGUUUAGUUUGCAAGCAAUGGAGCUUGAAACUUCCAGAGAUCUCCAGCAAGAUUUUGUGGCUGCUGGUACCUGAAGAAUCUUCCAGUACUCAUAUUUAUGAAGACGAGGAGAUCUACCAUCUCAUGAACUUACCUAUUGCUGGUGAAGUACCGCUUGAUAUUCAGUCUCUUGAUGAAGACGAGAUCCACCAUCUCAAGCUACCAGAGAUGCAGAACAAAUUGAUCCGUGGUUCUUUUGGUGGAUGGUUGAUCGUCCUAGAUAUAUACCAAGGUUCGAUGUAUAUGUUAAAUGCAUUUACAAAGGUCCGUUUAGAUCUUCCUCCAAUAUCAACUUUUCCGGAUAUAGUUGACUACAAUCCUAACAAUUAUGGCUUUGAAUAUACUGUUUGGGAUUGGGAUGAUGACAAUGGGGAUAAUUUGCGGAUAUCGAGUAGUUUCAUAAAUAGUGGCCAGGUUUGGAAGGUUAUUAUAAAUUCAUGUCCUAGCAAUGACAAUGAAGAUUUUUUGGCAGUGGCCAUAUAUGGACCUCGUUGUACAUUAGCCUUUUACAAACCAAAUGAUAAGAGAUGGUUAGAUCUUUUAACUAGAAAACCGUCGUUUCAUGAUGUCAUAUCGUUUCAUGAUGUCAUAUUUUUUGGAGAGAAGAUAUAUGCAGUAGACGAAGGUGGCCAGCUAUACGAAUUUGAUACAAACACAAAAUCAGGGCCUGUAGGUGGUAUUCAUGAAGCCAAACCUCCCUCUGAUGCUGCGCUGGGUCCUUACCAGCUUAAAUAUUUGGUUGGGUGUGCUAACGGAAGUUUAUUGAUGUUGGCGAGACAUUUUAUGCCUGGAAGUCACUGGACUUACAAAUUUGAUAUCUAUGAAUUAAAGAAGAAUGCAAAAGAAUGGUCCAGACUAGAUAGUUUGAAAAAUUACGCACUGAUGAUUGGACUCAACUCUUCUGUUCAAAUGCUGCCUGCAAGUCUUCAAACCAAAGGAAAUCAAAUCUACUUUACAGAUAACCUAAUAGAAUUGAAAUCGCUGGACUGUGCCGAAUAUCAAGAUAUUGGCAUCUUCAACUUGGACGAUGGAAGUUGUCAAACACUAUUAGACGAAGAAAAGUUCACGUGUCCUCCCGUCUGGUGUUAUUCUAGCUCAUUUCUUUAG